CGUUACGUUGAAGGGAGGGGGCUAAAGCUGCAAGGUCAGCAUAAAUCGCAGGUCUUAUAAACCUGUCGAGUGGACAUCGCCCCUUUCUGCGCCCUGAUCGGAAACAGAAUGAGUUUGGAAAGCAAGGAUGCCAUUUUCUCGCAGGGUGAGGACUGCAAACCGGACUGGAGGUUAGCAAGCGCCGACUACAAUGACAGCGACACCCAAUUGCAGAUCCUGGGCAAACCGGUGAUGGAGCGCUGGGAGACCCCAUAUAUGCAUUCACUGGCCACUGUUGCGGCUUCAAAAGGAGGACGUGUUCUGGAAAUUGGAUUUGGAAUGGCAAUUGCAGCCACCAAGAUAGAGUCUUUAAACAUUGAAGAGCACUGGAUCAUUGAAUGUAAUGAUGGUGUGUUUAAAAGACUACAGGAAUGGGCUAAAGAGCAACCCCACAAGAUUAUUCCCCUCAAGGGCCUCUGGGAGGAUAUAGUUUCAACAUUACCAGAUUCGCAUUUUGACGGAAUUCUUUAUGAUACCUACCCAUUGUCUGAGGAAACCUGGCAUACACAUCAGUUUUCUUUUAUAAAGGGUCACGCCUGUCGUCUGCUGAAACCUGGUGGCAUUCUUACAUACUGCAACCUCACCUCCUGGGGAGAGCUGCUGAAGGGAAAGUAUAAUGACAUUGAAAAAAUGUUCCAGGAAACUCAAGUGCCUCAUUUGGUGGAGUCCGGCUUCAAGAAGGAGAAUAUUCAGACCAGUGUGAUGGACCUUAUUCCCCCCAGCGAUUGCCGAUAUUACUCUUUUCAUAAGAUGAUCACACCCAAGAUAACUAAACACUAACUGGCUAACUUUUACUAAUAUUGUCACAAAGAACCAUUAUAGUCUUAACAUAAAGGAUGCCUUUCAUUAGAUUCAAUGGAUCAAUGUAUCCCAGAUUCUUUGUGACACGAUGAAAAGUGUUGUACACAAUUGAUCUGGUGAUGUCUAUGCAUUACUAUUGAAAGCAAUGUGGUUCAAUUAUUGGUGACAUUUUUUGGAAAGUCAGAGUGUAUUUCUACACUUUUGGAAAUUGUAUUUGCACAAUACUUGUCACAAUUUUAUAAAGGACUUACUCACAACUGCCUUUCAUACACAAACUCACCCUAAGUGUCUUAUUUUCUACCAGUUUAUUUUACCAGAUUUUGGUAGAGAAGUACCUGGAAUACAUAAAAAUAAUUCAAUGGUAGUGAUCUACUGUACUUGGUGACAACUCAAAAAUGGUGUGAAGGAGACACCUGACAUUAGUCUCAUAUCUUCAGAGCACCUUGUAAUAUUCUAAAUUAUAAUCCAACCGUAAACUGAUAUAUACCAAAAACUGGUGAGUUAUGGAUUUGAAAGUGGAAAAAUACCUUUAGUACAUUUGAGAAAGUUUUACUAUUCUUAUAAUUAUGAUGCUUGGUUGCAGUAUCUGUGGAAAUUCAAAUAAAAAUCCAAUGCUGA